AUGGCACAGGAAGCAGGAUUAAUUCCCCCACCACCCCACUUAUCGGAUCCGCGAUUCACACUUGAACUCGAGUUCGUUCUGUCGCUCGCAAACCCCUACUACAUCUCCCACCUCGCCGUAACGUAUCCACACCUACUAGGCAUCUCCUCUCAGUCUGCAACGCGCUCGGAAAGUGAUAAUCCAUCGACAUCGCCUGAAGCUCAAGCGUUUGCAGCAUAUCUUGCCUAUCUUUACGAUUACUGGAAGCGGCCUGAGUAUGUUCAGUUCUUGACUCAUCCCCAGGCCACCCUGAGGACUUUGCGGCUGCUACAGGAGGAGUCGUUUCGUGUUGCGGUGAUUAGGCCGCAGGUUAUCGAAACCCUUCUUGGUACGCCACCCGACGUUGCCGUGCAGGUUGAAGAGGGAGACAAUGGGAAGAAGGGCAUAGAAAGUGGGACAGAGAGCAAAGACACCGCUACUAUUUGA